AUGGCGAAGUCCGGAGUCGAAGCCUCCGAAAAACAGAACGACAUGGCUGAAAAUGUUCUCAACAUGACCCAGACGAUGAUCAAUAUCAAAGAAGAGACAGACCGCCUACUCCGAGAGACGCACCGAAUUCUUCAGGAGAAAGUAACUUCGAACGAGAAGCAGCUGUCCAUGCCGGAGACGCAACACUUUGUGCAUGACUACCUGCUCUCGCACAAGCCUGAGCUGGAAGCUAUCGACCCCACGGCCAAAGGCAGCAAACUCUGCAUCCGCCGCCUCCUCGCCGAAAUGCUGCACCAAGCCAUCGACGCGGUCUCGGCAGACAUCAUGCAAAGCGUGCACGUCCAGAUGAAGAAGCGACGUAGUGCGUCCAGCACCGAGACAUUGCGAGGUAUGUCACAGGUUCUGGGCGAGCAGGAAGAUGAGGAGGGGGAGAUGGUGGGGGAGAUGUCUGAAGACGAGGGAGCAGUCGAAGAGUUGGAGGCUGAUGGGAAAGGACAAGAGCUGGGCAAGGUUGUUGGGGAGGAGAUGAUGGAGUUGAGGGAUGUUGUGAAGGAGGCCGUUGAUGAUGUUUUAUGGUGA